AUGGGAGAAAAGUCGAUUCUCUCGGCCCUCGCGAUGGCUUGUAAGCCGUCGAAUGAUGACGAGGCAUCGUCAGCACUAGAGAAGGAGUGGAUCGACUGUGUUACGCUGGCCUACGCCCAACAUCCUAACUACCGCGUACUGGCCGAGCUCGUGCACGCGAGUCAGCACGAAAGAGACAUAGCUCGAAGGAUUAGCUGGCUGCAAGAUCAAGCCAGGCCAGCAACAGGUGUACCAGUGCUGACUAUGUCUGCUUAUCCAGCGUCCAGCGUCACAGCGGUGCUGGAUCGAGUGGAUAAGUCCACAAGUGGCACCGCCACCUGCGAGUACAAGUACGAUGGCGCGCGUGUUCAGGUGCAUUUGUCGCUAGCAGACGGCGUCGGGCGGAUCUUCAGUCGCAAUAUGGAAGACGUCACAGAGAGAUAUUCAUCACUUCUGGGCGUGCUGGAGAAUCGUGUGACAGCUCGCAAUGCAGCAACGCCACACUCUUCUUGUGUGACCUCGCUUAUAGUGGAAGGAGAGGUGGUGGCAUUGGAUCGAGAGACAGGCUCGUUCCUCCCGUUUCAAGUGCUGCAGACGAAGACUACGACCGAGUUUUGCUUGUUUCUAUUCGACUUGCUUGCUGUUGAUGACACCAACCUUCUACAGAAAUCGCUUCGCAAGCGUCGAGCCUUGCUGCACAAUCUGGUUGAGGAAGAGCCUGGAUACGUCGAGUUUGUAAAGCACGUCGACAUCAGCUUGGUAUCCAACGAGGCAACGGAUGAAGAAAAGCCAGAAGCAUCUGCUGUGCGCAAGUGUCUUGAACUAGCAGUGUCCAGUGGCUGUGAAGGAUUGAUGAUCAAGGCACUGGACGGCGAAGAGUCGGAGUACAAGGCUGGCAGACGAUCGUACUCGUGGAUGAAGCUCAAGCACGACUACUUGUCGGAUGAGGCGACCACAAACGCGUCAUCGGAAGGGAGGUCUGUUGCCGCAAGUGCUGCUGGGAAUGGCACCUUCCUCGCAGACACGCUGGAUCUGGUUCCUAUCGGUGCGUUUUACGGCAAAGGGCGGCGCGCAGGAGUGUUUGGGUCUUUUCUCAUGGCGACGUACAACUCGGUGAGCGGCAAAUUCGAGACGAUCGGAAAGGUUGGCACGGGCUUCUCGGAUGCGCAACUAUCGGAGGUGGCAGCACGUCUUCAGCAUCAGCUUCUGCCUGAGACGGAUGAGGUGCCAGGACAGUAUCAGUCCAUCGCGAUUCGAAGUCGCCAUCCUGAUGUUUGGCUCUCACCGGAGGAGGUUUGGGAGAUCAAAGCUACGCAACUCACCGAGUCUCCUUCGUACACUUGCGGCGCUAGCUCAGCAACCGAGACGUCUGGUACUGCUGCUACAUCUCGAAAGGGGUUUGCGCUUCGAUUCCCGCGCUUCGUUCGGUAUCGACCUGACAAGAAACCUCUACAAGCAACGGACAGUGAACAAGUCGUGGAACUUUUCCAACAGCAGCAACAGAUUCCACACUAG